AACUAGCAAGUUCGAGCAGUCACUGGCGGCAACCGCGAUUGUUUGGUAACAACAACAACUCCGCGUUCGCGUUGCUCAAGUGUUCUUUCUGCACAAGUACUUGGGCCCCGAACGUUAAGAAUGGCGGAUGCGGCCUUCAAGGAUAUACCUGAAUUGUUUGAAGUCGAUAUAGGCGAAGCCCUGACGGCUAGAACAGAGAGCUUGGCCACCUUUCGUGAGCUUGGACCGCCGGACCUCUGUCAUGUUGUGAAGAGCACGGGAAGGACUGGGCAGCGCGAUCUGGGUUCUUUCCAUUAUAUAUCAGGCGUCGACGCUUCUUCAUCUGCUUCGCUCGCUGCUUAUAUCAACUCCCUUACUUAUUCCUUCGAAGAUAACUUGGCGUGGUUCUCGAAGGGUCCUACAUGGAAGGUCAGGAGCGGUUGUUAUUGUUGUUUCAACGCGUUCUCUCGCGUAGAUGUUCGCGUCGACGUGAAGAUUCCAGGUGGAGUGAAUGCUUAUGUCGUGGAUUUGCGUGGGGAGCGUCACGAAGCCACACCUGAAAUAUGGCAAGAAACCUACAUGUCUGCUCUGCUCCGGGCGAUUUUGUAUUCGGACGAUCCUUCCUACUGGCUUGAUGCAUACCGUAAACUAGAUCCAGUCACGUCUUCUGAAGGAGAAGUACGAUUUCUCCAAGCUGCAGAAGCAUUGUUCAUGAAAGGGUGGCAGGUAGGAUCGGACCCGGAGAUUCAAGUUGCGACGAUUGUCUCAAAUCAUUUAACUGCCGGUAUCCUGAAAUACUUCGGUGGAUGUGGGAGGUGGCAACAAGCAGCCAACCUUUUUGAAAAGCUUUCUGCCCGCGAACCCGAAGUUGCCUCCCUCCUUGCCAAAAGUUACCUAGGAAUGAACGAAGAGGUGAAAGCGGUGCAAAUCAUGUCAAACGCUAUCAAGCACACACCACGCUCUUACACUCUCCUACACGUUCAAAGUGACUUCCUUCGCUCAAAAGGUAAAGCCGACUGGGCACUCAAACUAGCGAAGGAAGCAGUAAAUUGUGCCCCAAGUGAGUUCGUGACGUGGGAGAAGCUCACAGAACUGUAUAUCGAGACGAAGGAUUACGAAUCUGCGUUGCUCACUCUGAAUUCCUGCCCUAUGUUUACGUACAAUGGCAGAGAUACUCAUCGUGCUAUCCCGACGUCUCGUGUACAUCUUCCCACCAAAAGGCAAAUCAGUGAUAUCCUUCCCGAGAGGCAAAAAUUCGAGGAUGACGAAGCUGAUCCUGCUCUCCUUCGGCUACCGGCUCCCGGGUUGCGGGGAACUUGGGCGCGGGCAUAUGUUCUCCUUACUCGCUUGGUUUCUGAAAUCGGGUGGGACGAGCUCUUGAAAACACGGAGUGCCGUUUUCGUGAUGGAAGAAGAAUACCGCAUGCAAAAGGCGCAGGCCGAUAUCCAAAAUGCUGCCCUCAGGCAGCGGAUACGUCAGGAGGCGGAUAGCGCGGUAAUUUACGAAGAUGGGACAGUUGGUCGUCGAUCCGAGUCUGCGACACUCACUGCCGACGACGAUGCGUCUAUCAAGGGCGUACGUGGCUCAGGGGGAUCAAAAGCGUCCGAACUGGACAAUAAGUUGGAGGAGGAGGUCCUCAAUCCCUCUGAUAGCAUCCCUGUCAUACGGGUGUCCACCGAAUCGGACAUAGAAAGAGAAUUGGCGGAGUCUGGUUGGGCGACGCCAAAUGGCAAGGACACCGAUGGCCCUGCAUCCGUCAUUACAAGUCCCAUCGUUGAGAGACCAUUGACUGCUGCUGCUAAUGAGGAGGCAGAGGCGUCUCCAGCUACUCCCCAGGAAGGAUUUUCCUUCACGAACAAACGUUUAUGUGAGCGUUGGUUGGAUAAUUUAUUCAUGGUCCUUUAUGAGGAUUUGAGAGUGUGGACAAUAUUCCGGGCCGAGGUGGCACAUUUCAAAACACAACACGUGGCCUAUCGGAAAACUGGCUUGGAGUGGGAAAUCCUUGGUGACCUGGGUGUCCGUUUGCAUCACAAAGAGGAAGCAAAGGAAGCGUACCAGAGAUGCAUCGAGACCUCCCGAUACUCCCAAAAGCCAUGGACAAAACUACUGGAGACGUACGCUGAGGAGGGUGACAUCACCCGUACUGUCCAAGCCGCCAUAAGACUUGCUGCAUACCAACAUGCGGAUUUUACCGAGAUGACAUACCCGACCCUCAUUGCCCGAUGCUUCUUUAAGUUGGGGGAAAUCCAUGGCCACGCCAAGAUCUCGUUCACACUGCUGAGCAUGGGCCUGUCCGAACCUAUACUGAAGAUUAUGGAUAGUUACCUGCAAUAUGGAAAGACGUUUAAGGUGGAAGGAUACGACUUUUGAUACGGUACUUGGUUCGUUUCGAUUUAGAUAAUUCAUCGUGUUGUGAG